AUGAUCUUCGUUUUGCUUUUUCUUUUAGGCGGAGUCUUCUUCGAGUGCACCACAGAUAAUGAAUGUGGUGGUGAUGGAGGAGUUUGUGACGUUGCAAUAAAUGGGAAAAGAUACUGUUCCAAGUGCGCAGGUAGCGAUGCGGGAGCACGAGUGCCCAUCAAUGGAAAAUGCAGACUGCUGAGCCUCUCACGGAGCAUAUGCACAGUGCCCACGGGCAAUAACCCUAAUCCAGGCACGUGUACGGGCUGCAUCCGUGACUUCCUCUUCUACAGGGGCGGGUGCUACCGCACGGCAUCCCUGAUCAACGCCAUAUGCAAGGAGAAGCACAUCGUCGAGGAGGGGAUGUACUGCGGGGCGUGCGCCAUAGAGGGCGACGUCCCGAUCGACGGGGUGUGCGUAUCAGCAAGCACAGAUAGCUCUGGAAACACGUGCGACAAGGGCGUGUGCACGACAUGCGCAAGCGGAUACUUCUUCCACUACGGGUCAUGCUACAAAUUCGGAGGAUCUCCAGGCAGCACUGUGUGUCCUAAGCCAACUAGCACUACUGGCUCUGUCUGUGAUUCUUGCGGGUCGAAGUUCGUCAAGAACCCCAGUGCGAGCCCAUCUGCCACCUCCUGCCUCGCGUGCUACGGCCUGGACGGGACCCUCUUCUGCGAGCGCUGCCGGAUGAACGUGCUCACGAGCGCAGACGUGAAGCCCACUCUGUGCACACAGUGCAAAAUAGGCUACGUGCCCGUGGAUGGUCGUUGUGUGUCAACUUACUCUGCCACCUCGGCUCUUGCAGGGUGCUCUACCUAUAGCGGUAAUGAGAAUACAAAGGGACUUUGCGAAACGUGCUCCUCCGGCUACAUGCUCUUCUACGGGAGCUGCUACUCUGUCAACGGCCCCCUCGCCCAGGCCAUCUGCAAGACCGAGAACCAGAUCUACCUUGGGGGAAGGGUCUUCUGCAAGCAGUGCGCCCAGGCAGACCACUACCCCAUCAACGGCUUAUGCAUUGCUGAUAAGGGAUCACAUACGUGCGAGGCGGGUAUCUGCACAAUAUGCGACACCAGCACAACCCCCGUCGACAACUCCAAGGUUUUCCCGUUCUAUAACGGCUGCUAUGAUGCAAACUCUGCAAUCGGAAAGCUAAUAUGCCAGGAGGCGUCUAAUGGAGCGUGCUCAACUUGCAAUACAAACGAGACAUCGAAUAUAAUAGCUAAUCCUAAUUCUGCAGAUGGCCAACCAAAAUGUCUUGGAUGUUGGGACGAGGCAGCUACUGGGGUGGCCAACUGCGGAGGGUGUGCGACCGGCACAGACGGCGAUUCCAAGAUCGUCUGCAGCAAGUGCACCGACUCGACGGAACCCAAAGACAACACGUGCCCUCAGGCCCUCCCGCCCACAACGCCUGAAGGAUGCGCCGUGCAGGGCUGCCAGGCGUGCUCGAAGGACUCCCCCACGACGUGCGACGCCUGCUUCGAGCCUCUCAUCAUGAAAGAGGACAAGACGAAGUGCUUCGGGAGUUGCCUGGCGCUGGGCCCGGGCUACUACAACAACUCUGGGAUAUGCAGCCCAUGCAUAGAGAACUGUCUCCUUUGUACAGACGGGGCCACGUGCUCCCAGUGCGACGAAGGAUAUUAUCUUGAACUAUCGUCUGCUAAUUCAUCACAAGGUACUUGUAAGAAAUGCGCUGCUGGCUGUUCUGCAUGUAAUGAUGGCACUGACACUAGUUGUACAGCGUGCCUUCCUGGGUAUUACAUUGCAAGUGAGUCAAAAGCAAAUAGAGCUGCAAAGUGUGUUCUAUGUAACACUACUGAAAGCGACUACACUGGAAUUCCAAAUUGUAUCGCUUGCUUUAGUACCGUAGGAAACAAUGGGGCAAAGAAUGUUAGGUGCAGUCAGUGCGAAGAAGGAUAUAUUAAAAAACACAAUGGAUCUCAAGUUGUUUGUGAGCCUCCAACUCCAGAAUGUAAUGCCGCAAUGUGCUCGGUUUGUGUUGAAAAUAACCCAGAUCGUUGUGAGCACUGCACGACCGGCGCGUACCUCUGCCCGCGGACGGCGGCGUGCACGAAGGACUGCGCCAGCUGCGGGGGCUCGAUGUACCCCGACGAGGACCUCGGGGAGUGCCAGCCGUGCGACAUCGCGAACUGCCGGGUCUGCGCGACGGGGCUCAAGUGCGAGAGCUGCGCGGAGAGCGCCGUCCCCAUCUCCCCGGACGUCUACCACACGGCGUGCAUGGGCUGCAGCGACACCGGGGGCAUGGACGGCUGGGUGGGCCUCGCGGGGUGCACGACCUGCGAGCUGACCGACAAGGGCGGCGGGAGCGUCAACUGCCUCGACCCUGGCUACUACCGGCGGGGCGGGCUCGGCGGGGGAGCAAUCGCCGCCAUCGUCAUCGUCGUCCUCCUCGUCCUGGCCGUCGCCGGCUUCCUCGUCUGGUGGUUCGUCUUCAGGAGGGGCGGCCGGCCCAAGCGCGGGGCGAAGUACACAUCGCUCAUGCGGGGCGAGUCCUACGACUACCGCCAGUCUCUAAUAUGA